GUGGUCACAUUGUAUAUUUGUAUUUGCGAAAUCCUAAAAAACUUGACUUUAGAUUAGGCGCAAAAUAAAGAUGUGGUUUGCACCGAGCACACAGAUCCGAUUGAUUUUACUGGAGAAACCGCCGGAAAUCAUUUUAUUUGACUUUGUGAAUACAAAGUUCGGCAAGAUGAUCAUAGGCGCCAUUAAUCCUCUCACCGUGGAUCCGAGAGAUCAAGAAGCAAUUUGCGUACUUUACUUUGUGGAUAAGAACGAGGAAAUAACUUAUAACGAAGUGAUCAAGCGAUGGCCAAAGUCGGUUCUCAUCAAGGAUAAAGCUAAGAUUCAGUUGUUGGCAGAUAAACUCUUCGGUGGCAAUAAGGAAAACUCUGAGGUGGUUCCGAUUGCCAUCCUGGGCACUGAAUUUCAGUUGUCUGUGUGGAAAGCUCUUGCGGACCUGAAAAGAGGGGAAACUUGCACGUAUUCCCAACUGGCCGAACGCAUGGGUCGUCCGAAAGCAGUCAGAGCUGUGGCCAGUGCAGUGGCCAAAAACGAAGUGGCCGUCCUCAUCCCAUGUCAUCGGAUUGUGUCCCAGAAUGGAGCAACAAAGUACCAUUGGGGUGCCGCCUAGAGGUGGAGAAACAUCGAUACGAACAUCGAUGACAUCGAUGUUUUCGAAACAUCGGAAACAUCGAUGUUUACCGGAGGAACAUCGAUGUUUUUCUUUUUUUAAGGCACAUUGAUUGAUUGACGAAUUCUUAAUAAUACUUCUGCGAUCCGGCAUCUUCGUGCGAAUCUGAAAGAGUUUUCAGUAAAGCUGGACAACUUAUAAGUGAACGUCGCACGCGGCUAUUAUCGACCGCUGUCGAUAAGCUUCUCUUUUUAAACAAAAACAAAGAUGUAAAUAAUAUGCAAAUAUACAUAUAUAAAAGAGUUCGGAAUAGUAAGUAUAGUAGGAAUAUCACAAUAUCCAAAAGAACUAUUAUUUUGUUUGGACCAUGUAUAUAUUGAUACAUUGAUAUAAAAUUUAUUUAUUUUUGUUAUUAUUUACAAACUAAGAAUGUAUACCAAAGAAGUAUAACAUGAAUAUCAUGAACAGUUUUAUUUUAAUUUGAAUUUCUU